AACAACAACAACAAAACUCAACAACACUGCACAAAAAUUGAAAUACGUCAAAAAAUCAAACCGGUGCGGGUGGCUCCUUUGCAAAAAAAUCUUGUUGCAAAAUUUCAAUAGUUUUCUCUGUCUUUGCCAACCCCUAAAUCUUUUCUUCAUUAUUAGUUUGUUCCAUAAUUCUUUCUACUGCACCAAUAAAACAUUAAAUAAUAAAUUAAUUUAUUAUACUUUCUCAAUUCCAAGUUCUGUUGCAUGAAAAAAGAGCAAUAAGGCACCACAACAACAAACAAAUACACAAAUAUAAUGAGUUUGCAAUCGAUCAAAUAUGCAGAUUUCAAAUUAGAAAUAUUGGAUCAGCUGCUAUUGCCGGUCCAAUCGAAGUUUAUAUCGGUUAAAGGAGUCGAAGAUGGUUGGAAAGUUAUAAAUAAAAUGCAGGUGCGAGGUGCUCCAGCUAUAGCUAUUGUAGGAUGUCUCUCGCUAGCCGUAGAAAUCUAUCCAGAAAAGUUCGACUCAAAGAAAUCAUUGCGCCAGGAAAUCGAGGGUAAAUUGAACUACCUCGUGUCGGCUCGACCGACAGCUGUGAACAUGAAAAUUGCCGCCGAUGAAUUAAUCGCACUUGCAAACGAAUUAACAAAGGAUGAACAGUGCACUGUGGAAGACAUGAAAUCGAGAUUCUUGGCUGCCACGGAGGCGAUGCUGGAGAAAGACAUAGCUGACAACAAAGCCAUUGGGUCGAAUGGUGCCGCUGCUAUUCUCAAAAAAUAUUCCAAAGAAACAUCUGUUCGAGUGUUGACGCACUGCAAUACAGGCUCGUUGGCAACUGCCGGCUAUGGUACAGCACUGGGCGUUGUGCGGAAAUUGCACGAACUGAAGAAAUUAGAACAUGUUUACUGCACAGAGACACGUCCAUAUAAUCAAGGCGCACGACUGACAGCUUUUGAGCUAGUACACGAUAAACUUCCGGCAACAUUGGUGUUGGAUAGUAUGGUGGCAGCUUUGCUACGAUCCAAAAAUAUAGGCGCCGUUGUUGUUGGCGCAGAUCGAGUAGCAGCAAAUGGUGAUACAGCAAACAAAAUAGGAACAUACCAAAUAGCUGUAGUGGCUAAACACCACGAUGUGCCUUUUUAUGUAGCAGCGCCUUUGACUUCAAUUGAUUUGCAAAUUCCAAGUGGUGAUCACAUUAUAAUUGAAGAACGUCCCGAUCGAGAGAUGACACAUGUUGGUGAACAUAGGAUAGCUGCACCAGGUAUUAAUUGUUGGAAUCCAGCCUUCGAUGUUACACCAGCUGCACUUAUUACAGGAAUCAUAACGGAAAUGGGAGUUUACAGUCCAACAAAGUUGAAAGAAGAAAUUCUAGCGCUCCAAAGUGUAUAACGAAUUUAAAGAAGCGCUCCCACCAAAAUGUCUGUUGCUUUCAUAGAUUUUUUUUGUAUGUUGUGAUAUUAUUACAUGAAGCUGAGAAUUUUUUUAAAAAGAAAAAAAAAAUGAUAAAUAAAUA